CAUUUAACAAAUGAACACAAGAAAGAGAUGAAGCGUUACAUCUACAACCAACAAAAUGAAGAUGGAGGAUGGGGAUUUCACAUUGAGGGACACAGCACCAUGAUGGGAUCUGCAUUGAACUAUGUAUCCCUACGACUAUUAGGAGAGGGACCAGAUGACAGAAAUGGUGCUGUAAGCCGAGGCAGGAAGUGGAUACUUGACCAUGGGGGUGCCACCUCUAUUCCAUCAUGGGGAAAAGCUUAUCUUUCUGUGCUUGGAGUGUAUGAAUGGGCCGGGUUCAACCCGGUACCACCAGAAUUUUGGCUUUUUCCAGAAGCUUUUCCUUUUCAUCCGGCAAAAAUGUGGUGCUAUUGUCGAAUGACGUAUAUGCCCAUGUCUUACUUGUAUGGGAAAAAGUUCCAUGGCCCUAUAACUGAUCUUGUUCUGCAACUUCGACAAGAAAUUCAUCCAAUGCAAUAUGACCUGAUAAAUUGGAAUAAACAACGCCAUAAUUGUUGCAAGGAAGAUCUCGUUUACCCUCAUUCAACAGUCCAAGACCUACUAUGGGAUGGCCUCCACUAUAUUUGUGAGCCGUUGUUAAAGUAUUGGCCUUUCAACAAACUAAGAGAAAGAGCCAUGAAAAGAACAAUUGAAUUACUACGUUACAACGCUGAAGAAAGUAGAUACGUUACCACUGGAGCCGUUGAAAAGUCCCUGCAAUUGAUGGCUUGGUGGGCAGAGAAUCCAAACGGGGAUGAGUUCAAGCACCACCUUGCUAGAGUUCCUGAUUACCUAUGGGUGGCAGAAGAUGGAAUGAAGAUACGCUCUUUUGGUGGUCAAAUAUGGAAUUGCACAUUUGUAACUAAAGCCAUAAUUGGUAGUAAUAUGGUGGAAGAAUAUGGGGAAACGCUUAAAAAAGCUCAUUUCUUUCUCAAAGAAUCUCAGGUCAAGAAUAAUCCGUCUGGAGAUUUCAGUAAAAUGUUUCGGCAGUUUAGUAAAGGGUCAUGGACAUUCACCAACCAAGAUGACGGUUGGCCAGUCUCAGAUUGCACAGCUGAAGCAUUGAAAUGCCUUCUUAUACUAUCCCAAAUGCCAGUGGAAAUUUCAGGAGAACAAGUAGAUAAUGAGCGAUUAUACGAAGCUGUCAAUUUCCUACUUUAUGUACAGUCUCCUAUCAGUGGAGGGUUUGCUAUUUGGGAACGACCAGUUCCAAAACCAUAUUUAGAGAUACUGAACCCUUCAGAGAUGUUCGCGGAUAUUGUUGUUGAAAAAGAGCAUAUUGAAAACACCGCAUCGAUCAUCCAAGCUCUACUAGCCUUCAAACGUCUGCAUCCAGAUCAUAGAGGCAAAGAGAUAGAAAAUUCUGUAGCAAAAGCAGUGCAAUUUCUUGAGAAAAAACAGUUGCCCAAUGGUGCAUGGUAUGGCUUCUGGGGGAUAUGUUAUACAUAUGGUACAUUCUUUGCGCUAGGAGGCUUGGAAGCUGCUGGAAAAACAUAUGACAAUUGUGAAGCAGUUCGUAAAGCAGUCAAGUUUUUCCUUUCGAUUCAAAAUGAAGAGGGUGGAUGGGGAGAGAGCUACAAGUCUUGUAAUCGGGAAGUAUACAUACCAUUGUCAGGGAAUCAUACAAACCUAGUUCAGACUUCAUGGGCUAUGCUUGGUCUUAUGUCAGCUGGACAAGCGGAAAGAGAUCCAACACCUUUACACAAAGCAGCCAAGUUGUUGAUCAAUGCACAAAUGGAUAAUGGAGAUUUUCCACAACAGGAGAUCACUGGAGCCUCGUUGAAAAAUUGCAUGCUGCAUUAUCCAGUAUACAGAAAUGUAUUCCCAUUACUCGCUCUUGGAGAGUAUCGAAAACGCCUUUGGGCUAAUUAAAGUCGUCACUGAAUUUCCAAAUAUGAAUAAAUCAAUUACUUCAAAAGUGUGUGUAUGAGUGGUUGAUCUCAAUAAAGUAUAUGUGCUACUCUGUAAUAAAAAAAAACGAUAGACAAAAGAUCUUCCGAGAUAAAAAGAAAUUAUCAAAACAUAACGGUAUUUCUAUUAUUUAUAUUUGCAAAUGUGUUUCUCUCUUACGUGC